AUGACUAUUGCAAACAACAUUAAGACUACUAUUCCACCAACACAAAGUGCUAAGGAAUACCUUAAGUUUGUGGAAGAUAAUUUUUUCUCUGUUAAUAAGUCACUCAUUGGUACACGGAUGGCUAAACCCACGACCAUGAAGUUUGAUGGGUCGCAGGACAUGCAAGAGCAUACUAUUGAGAUGGCCAACACGAGCAAGACUAAAGUCUUUAGGAGUUUAGUUUUUCUUUCAAAGUUAGACAAUUAUGGUUUUGAAUUUAAUGGUGGACAUGAAUCAUCGUUUGAUCCACCACUAACUCAUGGUGGAGCCGAUGUAACGGGGAAACAAGUUAUACGUUGUAGGACUCAUCGUAUUCUUUUGAAUGAUUCUACUUUGGUGCCUCCACCAUCGACUGGAAUAUCAUCAACUACAACUGAAUUAACAAAUAAUCCAUAUGUAAUUGGAGAGGUUAAUAGGAUGGAUCUUAUUGAUCUCGACGUAGUUUAUGUUGAUCACCAUGGUGGAAUUGUCGUCACAUCUAUUGGUCACGAAUGUGAUGCUCAUCUCUUUGAUUUGCAACGUGAUUUGCGCGACAACAUGAAAUGUCUCAAACGGGAGAAGGAGCUCGAAAGACCGGUUGAAGAUUACAAUGUUUUCAUUGUUACUCAUAAAAAAAGUACAAAAGAAUUUAUUUCUGAUCGUGUCAAGAAUGCCGAUCCACAACCUUCACCACAAACAACACCCAUUCCCAAAAAACCCUCUUCCAAAACCCUUGCACCCCCUCCCACAAAACCCGCAUCCCCAUCCUCUUACGAAACAGAAUCAGAUUCUCACCCCCAAAUUCAACAACCUACCCCUCCCCCUUCAAAUUCCAAAUCUAACCCCUCACGCCCUGCUCGUUCCAAGAAACAAACACCCACUGCCGCUGCUGCUGCCGCUGCCGCCGACUCAUCCAACCCGUAUAACAGAGUCUUCAGUGAUAAGGAUGAAAUCGCCAUCCUCCAAGGCCUAGCCGAUUUCAAAUCCAAAACAGGCACCGAUCCGAGUACAAACUACCCGGCAUUGUUAGACUCGUUGAAGGAUUCGCUUAGCAUCAAACCUACAAUUAAGCAAGUUAGACAGAAGGUUUAUUACAUUAAGCAGAAAUUUGAGAAGAAAGUGAACAAUGACAAAUCUCCUAUAUUGGCUAAUCCUCACGAUGAGAAAGUGUAUGAACUGUGCUGUAAAUUAUGGGGCCAUGACAAUGAAGCUUCUGAAGUAAAAGAAAAACCUAGGAAGAAAGAAAAUGCUGCUAAGAAACCAUUGAAAUUGAAGGAACCGAUGCAGAUACCGGAACAGGUACUGUCUGGCACGGAGGUUCGUUUGGAAUCUGGAAAGGGUGAAAGUAGUGAUGAAUUGAGUCAUGUUAGUUUGAAUUUGAGCGAGAUGAUUCGUUUUGAUAAAAUGAGUUCGGAUGUGAAUGUGUUGAAGAGGGGAAUGGAGUUGAUUGAUGAGUCGGAGAGAGCUGAGUUUGAGAGAAGGUGGAAGAAAUUGAGAGUUGAUGAGAUGAAACUUUUUGUGAAGCGUGCUGAGUUGGUUGAAUAUCAGGUUGGAUUGAUUUUGGAGGCCAUACAAGGAUUGUCAUAGAAAGGAGGCGUGCAGGGAUGGAAAAUUUUUUGUAUGGCAAAAUCUAAUCAAAUCUGGUACUCUAUAGUCUUGACUUUGUAGUUAUUUUGUGGCUAUUGUAUGAUCAUUUUGGAUGUAACCACGACUGAAUGAUGUUUUGAUUAGAUUAUCUUGUUGAAGCUUACACGUGAUGCAAAAAAUGUGACUGAUGUUUUGAUGAUUUUAAUGCUGUUGUAGUAUGUUUGAAAAAUCUUGUUAGAGAGAUCUCAAAACAUGUCAUGCAUGCA